AUGAAAUCAUCAUCAUCGGCAAUGGAAUGCUUGUAUGUACCAGCAUGGCUUGAGAAUCUACUAUCCAUGACAUUCUUCUCUUUGUGCAAUGUUCACACCGAAAAGGCUAAGAAUGAUUGCAAAAUGUUUUGCCUCGAUUGCAAUAACCAUAAAGCAUCUUGCGUUCAUUGCAUUGCAUCUUCUCAUGAAAAACAUCGAGUGGUUCAGAUAAGGAGAUCAUCGUAUAAUGAUGUUGUGAGGGUGAUAGAUAUUGAAAAUGCAUUGAACAUAAGUGGGAUUCAGACAUAUAGGAUCAAUGGUUUCAGGGUCCUUUUCCUUAUUACAAGGCCUCUCAAUCCCAAAAAGAACAAGAUUUCUGCCAAAGUUGGUUUUGGAUACAACACUAACUGUGUGAUGUGCACAAGGAUCAUCGUUCAGCCUCAUCUUAUGUGGACAAAGCAGAGUGAGAGUGAAAGCUUUGCAAUAGAAGGAAUUUCAAGAACCAUGUUAUCAGCAGAGGAAGAGGAAGAAUUGCACAAAAAGCUUGAACCAGAAAGACUUCUUGAACGCCGACAACGGCCUUCUCCGUGUGCUCAGCCGCUGCCGCCGCCACCGUUCAAUAAUGCAAAUUCUAGGAAAAGAAAGGGAAUACCUCGAAGGUCUCCUCUUAUGUAG